CAUCUUUGCUCAUCAUCAUCCUCACAAAAUGUCUUUCGUCUGUGGCUGGGUGAGAAGAGAGGAAAACCUAAGAGAAGCGUUUUUUGGCUGUAGCUUUCAAUUUUGAGUUGUUAACCCAAUCCUCUUCCAGGAAUAGCUUUUCAUACCAGCUUUUUGGUUCUAAAUAGUGUAAAGCUUGAACCCAUUUUAAUCAUUAUGGAUAAAUUGAUUGUUUUUACUCUUUUUACGUUCACUUUGAUUGUAUUCACAGUUUCCCUAGAUUGUCCAUCUAAAUGUGACCCAUCAAAAUGUCCAGAACCAAUAGACUGUUUUGCCGGAGUAAUCAAGGAUCAAUGCAAUUGCUGCUCCGUUUGUGGACAAUUUGAAGGAAAUAGAUGUUUCGAUGCUAAACUUCAAGGUUUAAACAAAUCGUACCAAUUAUAUGGAGCUUGUGGUGAAAAUCUGGAAUGUAGAUUACGGAAAGAUCUUGAUCCAAGUGAACCAGCGGAAGCUUUGUGUUUCUGUAUUAAACCUGAAAUGGUUUGUGGCAGUGAUGGUGAAACAUAUGAUAAUAUCUGUCAGUUGAAUGAAGCUCGAUACAAAAGACGCGAUGGAUUAGUAGCUUCAAGCAAUGGCCCAUGUCAAUCAGCUCCGAAAAUUGUUUCCAAACCUGAAAAUUAUAACGUCUCUUUGGGUGAAAAUGUUGCCUUCAUGUGUCAAGCUGUUGGUUGGCCAGUUCCAGUUAUCCAAUGGAAAGUGAUGCUUAGAAAGACUCAUGAAAUUAAACGAUUCAAUUCAUUGACCAACAAUGAUACUCAUAUUACCAUUCAAACUCGCGAUGGUUUAAAACCAUUUGAAAUGACCAGUUGGCUUCAAGUUGUUGGUAUCAAAGCUAAUGAUGACGGUGAAUAUCAUUGUAUUGCCUCCAAUGAAAUGGGUGAAACCUUUGAUUAUGGAGUGUUAAUAGUCAAUGAAAAGGUUGAUCAACAUAAAUAAUGAUUUAACAAUAAAUAUUGUUGUUCACGGUA